AAACAAUAUCAAUAGCUGGAUAGGAUCACAAAGAUUGACAAUUCUCUCACUCUUAUUUGAUAAUCUCUCAUUUUUUUAAUUGUUUAUAAAUAUCAGCAAGGGGCAUCUACUUUCCUCUUCUCUUUCCUUCCUUCUUAUUACCCAUUCUUCUUCCAUACACACCAAACCAUCACAAGAGAGAGAGAGAGAAAAAAACCCAACAAAACACGAAAAUUCCGCAAAAAAAGAACAACGAAACCGCGUUGAUAUCAUGAAGAAGAAUUGUGAACUUUGCAAACUUCCGGCUAGAACUUUCUGUGAGUCAGACCAAGCUAGCUUAUGCUGGGACUGCGAUUCUAAGGUCCACGGUGCUAAUUUCUUAGUUGAGAGACACACAAGAACUCUCCUCUGUCGCGCUUGUCAAUCUCCGACGCCUUGGAAAGCUUCCGGUGCUAGACUCGGUAACGCGCUUUCGUUGUGUGAAAGAUGCGCCGGUGGAAGAAAAGUUGAUUCCGUUCAACAAGAUGAAGAGAGUGAAGGUGACAAUGAGGAUGAUGUUGAAACUGAUUCCGAUGAGGAGGAUUCUGAUGAGGAUGAGGAUGAUGUUGACGGUGAUAAUCAGGUUGUUCCUUGGUCUUCAACUGCGAUGCCUCCACCGGCGUCGAGUUCUUCCGGUAGUGAAGAGUCGGUUUGCAAGUGUAACGAGAACGAUGAAGUUGUUUCGCAGUUAGUUACAGCAAUUACCUUGAAACGACGUCGUGUGGAUCAUGAUUUUCAGGAUUCGGAUUCUAAAAACUGGAAAAAUCAACGGAGAGAGGAGGAUGAUUUGUUAGGGUAUGUCGGAGAACCGUCGUCAAAGGCGGCGAUACGGCGUUAUUGUGACGGAGAUGAAACGGAGCAUUCUCAGCCACACGAUUGAUGAGGACGUACAAUUAGAGAUAUUAUUUUAUUUGUGAUCUCUUUGAUUAACUUCCGCUAACAAAACUCUUUAGAUUUUUAUAAUGACUAUCCAAUAUUAUUCCAAUGUAUGCAUUAGUUUAUUUUUUGUUCUUUUUUUUAAUUAUUAUUUUGAGGAUUAUGGUUGUAGUAAUAUUUUUUUUUUAAUUGCGAAAGUGAUGAAUUGUAUGUUUUGGAAAGAAAAGAAAAACCAUAUGAUGAAAUUGUAAUGUA